UUUCAGACUAAAUCGAAAAUCAAAUCGUACUCUGACUACGGGUCAGUAGAGAGGUCAACCAUCAGCCGAAGAUGAUGCGUCAAGAUAGAAGGAGCUUGCUAGAGAGGAACAUUAUGAUGUUCUCUAGUCAUCUAAAAGUCGAUGAAAUUCUCGAAGUUCUCAUCGCAAAACAAGUGUUGAAUAGUGAUAAUGGAGAUAUGAUUAAUUCAUGUGGAACGGUUCGCGAGAAGAGACGGGAGAUCGUGAAAGCAGUGCAACGACGGGGAGAUGUGGCGUUCGACGCGUUUUAUGAUGCUCUUCGCUCUACGGGACACGAAGGACUUGCUGAAGUUCUUGAACCUCUCGCCAGAUCUGUUGACUCGAAUGCUGUCGAAUUCGAGUGUCCAAUGUCACCGGCAAGCCAUCGUCGGAGCCGCGCAUUGAGCCCCGCCGGCUACACUUCACCGACCCGAGUUCACCGUGACAGCGUCUCUUCAGUGUCAUCAUUCACUUCUUAUCAGGAUAUCUACUCAAGAGCAAGAUCUCGUUCUCGAUCGCGUGCACUUCAUUCAUCGGAUCGACACAAUUAUUCAUCUCCUCCAGUCAACGCAUUUCCCAGCCAACCUUCAUCCGCCAACUCUUCAUUCACCGGAUGCUCUUCUCUCGGAUACAGUUCAAGUCGUAAUCGCUCAUUCAGCAAAGCUUCUGGACCAACUCAAUACAUAUUCCAUGAAGAGGAUAUGAACUUUGUCGAUGCACCAACCAUAAGCCGUGUUUUCGACGAGAAAACCAUGUACAGAAACUUCUCGAGUCCUCGUGGAAUGUGCCUCAUCAUAAAUAAUGAACACUUUGAGCAGAUGCCAACACGGAAUGGUACCAAGGCCGACAAGGACAAUCUUACCAAUUUGUUCAGAUGCAUGGGCUAUACGGUUAUUUGCAAGGACAAUCUGACGGGAAGGGGAAUGCUCCUGACAAUUCGAGACUUUGCCAAACACGAAUCACACGGAGAUUCUGCGAUACUCGUGAUUCUAUCACACGGAGAAGAGAAUGUGAUUAUUGGAGUUGAUGAUAUACCGAUUAGUACACACGAGAUAUAUGAUCUUCUCAACGCGGCAAAUGCUCCCCGUCUGGCGAAUAAGCCGAAAAUCGUUUUUGUGCAGGCUUGUCGAGGCGAACGUCGUGACAAUGGAUUCCCAGUCUUGGAUUCUGUCGACGGAGUUCCUGCAUUUCUUCGUCGUGGAUGGGACAAUCGAGACGGGCCAUUGUUCAAUUUUCUUGGAUGUGUGCGGCCGCAAGUUCAGCAAGUGUGGAGAAAGAAGCCGAGCCAAGCUGACAUUCUGAUUGCAUACGCAACGACAGCUCAAUAUGUUUCGUGGAGAAACAGUGCUCGUGGAUCAUGGUUCAUUCAAGCCGUCUGUGAAGUGUUCUCGACACACGCAAAGGAUAUGGAUGUUGUUGAGCUGCUGACUGAAGUCAAUAAGAAGGUCGCUUGUGGAUUUCAGACAUCACAGGGAUCGAAUAUUUUGAAACAGAUGCCAGAGAUGACAUCCCGCCUGCUCAAAAAGUUCUACUUUUGGCCGGAAGCACGAAACUCUGCCGUCUAAAAUUCACUCGUGAUUCAUUGCCCAAUUGAUAAUUGUCUGUAUCUUCUCCCCCAGUUCUCUUUCGCCCAAUUAGUUUAAAACCAUGUGUAUAUUGUUAUCCUAUACUCAUUUCACUUUAUCAUUCUAUCAUUUCUCUUCCCAUUUUCACACAUUUCCAUUUCUCUACGAUAAUCUAAAAUUAUGACGUUUGUGUCUCGAACGCAUAAUAAUUUUAAUAACUCGUUUUGAAUUUGAUUAGUUGUUGUGCCCAGUAUAUAUGUAUGUACUAUGCUUCUAUCAACAAAAUAGUUUCAUAGAUCAUCACCCCAACCCCACCAACCUACCGUACCAUAUUCAUUUUUGCCGGGAAUCAAUUUCGAUUAAUUUUAACCUAUUUUUUCGCCACAAAAAAUCUAAUAUUUGAAUUAACGAAUAGCAUUCCCAUCUCUCCCCGUGCCGGAAUGCCUCCCGGCCUUUUAAAGUUCGGAACAUUUGGCCAAUUAUGUAUAAAAUUUUGUAGGUCCCCCCCAUCAUUUCCCGCCCAUCAUCUCAAAUUGCAUUCUUUUUUCGCCGUGAUAUCCCGAUUCUGGUCAGCAAAGAUCUUUCUCAUAGCCCAUUCCAUUCGAGCUUUCUAAUAGGAAUUUGAAAAUUUUCGAAAUUCCAGUAAAUAAUAUUGGAAAAUGGAUUUUUCGAGUUUUCAGCAACACAAAUUUACUUGAAACCCCAUUUUCCAAAAUUUCAAUUUUUUCAAAUUUCCCGCUAUCUUCCAAAAUACUCUUGUACGUUUAUUAUAUUUCCCUCGUUUUUCUUCGAUUCCUCCUCUCCGCGCACCCAAUAAGUUUUAUAUAUGUUGAGAUUUAUAUAGCUUGUUAUUAUAAUUAUAUAUUUAUAGAUUAUUAUAGUUGCUUUUCUCGCCGUAUGUUUGUGUGUGUGUGAUUGGUAUACAUAGAUAAAAGAAAACAAGGUGUUAACAAAACAAAGGUGAAAAAU